AUGAAUCACCGAAAGAAAAGCAGCGAGUUCGCGAACUGGUCUCGCAUACAAGCUAGAAAUGAGCUACGGAUGCUCACUAGAAGGAUAGAUGCGGCCAAAAAGAAUGUCGAGCGCUUGGAAGCCCGCCAAAGUGCUCUCAUGGCCUUCUUGUCUGAUGGUCGGGAAAGGGUGCGUUCUGUGGAGGAAAGAGCUACUGAAGAGUUUGAAAAGUCCGAUGACUUCGUGACUGUUAAGGUUCCUGAGAUUGCCGAUAUUGCCAAAGAACUCAAUUCUGAUCAGAACGGUCAGGGCAUGAAAGCGAAUGGAACCGAAGUAGAAGUCAGACCUGAGGGUGUGAAGGCAGCCGAGACCGUCGCUUGCUUUCUUAGAUUGUCGAUCAAUCAGGGUGAAUGA